AUGGAGGUGAUGGCGUUGGAGGAGAGCAUGGUCGACAUGGACGUGAUCGACGAUGUCGAACUCAUGGGAUGUGGUCAUUACUUCUAUUCCGAUUACUCGAGCUCGAUUCUCUAUUCGGACUGUACACUUCUGAUUCAAAAUCUCUUGGGCAAUCAGACGGUCCAUGCCCGAGGUCCUGGCUACCUCAUCGUCCCCGUCGUCUUCGGCAUCAUCACUGUGGUCGGCCUGAUUGGGAACCUGUGUGUUAUCCUGAUCAUAGCAAGGAAUAAAGCCAUGAGGAGCGUCACCAAUUUCUUCAUCAUGAACAAUGCCGUCAGCGACAUGAUGUUCCUGCUCGUCUGUGCGCCAAUCACCGCUUCGACGUUCGCCCUGCCCUCGUGGAUAUACGGAGACUUCAUGUGCAAGGUGGUCGUCUAUAUGCAAUAUGUGUUCUGA